CAUCUUAAGAGAAUGUGUCAGAAGAACUAUAUUUCCGACCAAGGCAACCUGCGCGAAAAGAGGUGAAUAGAUCUCUUUGCUGCACCUGUAACACGGGCGGCUUCUGUUGGAGUUCCCUCGCGACGUCUUGCCACUCGUGUCUCUGCCCUGUUGGGUUCUGGGAAAAUUACCUUUUAUCUGGGAAGCAGACUUUUCCAGAGAGACGUCUGACGACACGCCGGUCUGUUUUCUGAAGCUCCAGUAGGGAGGUGUCCGACCCCAUUAAGAUCCAUGAUGUGGACACACAGUUUACUGGUUAUCUUCGUCUUCUGCUGUUUCCAACUGAAACAGACACCAGCCGCGUCUAACACCACGGCCGCUCCCGCCACAAACACCACGGCCGGUGCCUCCCUGGCAGGGAACACAACAGGUUCUCAGGUCAAGACCAGUGCAGUAACUAACUACUGUCCCUCCACCUUUAACCUGACCGGAUCUAAUGGAACCUUCACCAGUCCCAUGCACCCAUCGCCGUACCCGCUCAAUCACGUCUGUCGAUGGGAAAUAACUGUGGACCCCGGCAAGAUAGUGCAGCUGAGCUUUUCCGCGGCUUUCAAUGUGGAGGGCGGCAAGGGCACGUGUUGGGACAGUGUGGAGGUGUAUGGGGGCACGCCGACACUGGGCUACCUUAUCGGAAAGUACUGUGGCACUGCAGCCCCUCCACCAUUGACUACUACCACAAACGUCAUGACAGUCAUAUUCAAGUCUGACGGCUUCCAAACAGAGCCUGGAUUCCGGGCUACCUUUGUUGCAAAGGAGAAAAAGAAAAGUAACUGCAGCCCCGGGUACUUCCGCUGUGAUGACGAUGUGACGUGCGUGGAUUCCUGGAGACGCUGUGACGGCAGGAAAGACUGCUUCGACAACAGCGAUGAAACUGGAUGUGAAUGUCAGAACCUCCCUUCAGAGUUCCUCUUCUGUAAGGGACUGGGAUAUAGCAAGACGACUUUACCCAACCCAUACAUGCAUCAGAACACAAGUCAAGCCACAGCCUCCAGCCAGGCCAGAACCAUGCAGCGACUCGAGUCUGCUACCGACCCUGUCUGCCAUCCGGACUUCAACCUUUUCGCUUGUGCCAUGAUCUUGCCAAAAUGUGAUUUAAAAGGCCCCCGGCAGCUGCUGCCCUGCCGUACCCUGUGUGAGGAGGUGACAGCCUCCUGUCGGCCGCAGGCUGUCUCACACACCAACGGGUCCUGGCCCUUCCCAGACUGCUCACGCUUCCCCUACCCAAGUGCUAACGUGUCUUGUUUGAACGCUCCAAUGCCUGGGAAUGGUAAUUGUUACUAUGGAGACGGUACCAACUACCGGGGACGUGUGGCCAAGACAAAUGAUGGACAAGUCUGUGCGAAGUGGUCUGAUGAUGGUGAUUUCUACACGUCCCGGUUUCCCUGGGCUAACCUGCAGGAGAACUACUGUAGGAACCCUGAUGGUGACAACAGACCAUGGUGUCUGUCCACAGCUGGGGUUCAGGUAUCCUGUGAACUGCCCAGAUGUGGAGAAAAAACAUGCCCCGACCCUGGUCCACCACGGUAUGGCACCAGGAGUCCAAAGAAGGCUAAUUACCUGAGUGGUGACAAGCUGACCUUCAGCUGCUCAGCUGGCUACAUCCCCGUGGAUGGCUCUCUCAGGUCCACCUGUCAAGGUGAUGGAACCUGGUCCAACGAGCCGCCCACCUGUGAUGUGGACCAUGAGAGUAACCUGCUGACUGACUUGUUUGAGCGUAACCAGUACAAAGUGGAGACCAAGCCACACCUGGACAUCACCAUCUCAUCAUUCCAAGCACGCAUCAACAACAUCGUUGACACAAAUGAGAAAGAUGAGAGAGUCAUGGUGGACAUUUCUCUAAAUGUGGACUGGGAGGAUCCCCGACUGGCUUGGAUAGAACAGGAGUAUAAUGACAUCAAGAGUCUGUUCCUGCCAGUCACAAGGAUCUGGAAACCAACUCUUCUACUCAGGAAAAAUGCGGACACUAACUAUAAAAGUCUUCCAGCAUCAAAAGUGCUUGUGACCAGUGAGGGCCAUGUCAACUGGACCGUGGAGGCUCUGACCACGACAACCUGUACCCUGGAUCCCUACCUCUUCCCUGUGGACACCAUGAAGUGUCCCAUCUGUUUUGAAUCCAGUAUUUCUGCAGGGGAGCAGCUCCAGUGUCCCAGUGCUGAAAGGCCAGGUUAUAAUGGCUGUAAGACACAAACUAAGAUCACAGCUGGCCAGUGGACAGUCGUUGCAUAUCUCCAAGUGGAAGCUGGAAAAGGCUGCAUGAUGCUGGACUUCACCAGAGACCCUAUCUACCACAUCGCCACCACCAUCUCACCCUGCAUCAUACUGGCAGUGUUGAUGGUCAUCACCUUUGCCACCCCCAUCGAAAAGAGCGAUCGGAUCGGCUUUGGCAUAACCAUCCUACUAGCCAUGGUGGUGUCCUUAGUGGUCAUCACAGACUUCCUUCCUGUCAAGGACAAGAUGCCAUUUAUUGCUGUGGUGAUCAUCGUGUGCAUGGGGCUGAUUGGUCUCUUCAUGCUGUUCACCUGUGUCAUCAUCAACCUGAGCAGCAGGACAGGAGACCUGCCUCCCUGGGCACGGAGUGUCUUCCUGCGAUACUUGGCCACCUUCCUACUGUUUGGGGACCUGAGUGCCAAAAACCCGACUCCUGAACACAAGGAAAGCGGUGGAAAUGCCAACUUGACCUACCUCAAUGGCAGCCUCGCUGUGGAACAAGAAACCCACACAAACACAGUGCCUCCGGUCAGACAGGCCCAGUCUGUGCGCGUCAAGUCUGCAUCGGCGCCACCUGGCGCUCAGCUGGUACUGCAGACCACCCUGGAGAAUCUGAGCCGGAGUGUGCAGGCGGAGACACACAUGCUCCAAACUGUUCUCAACAAACUGGUGGAGGCUGACAGCGACGAGGAGGAGGGAGACUACCACAAGCUGGGCAGGGUUCUGGACAGGCUGUGUGUCAUUCUCUACUUCAUAUGUGUGGGCGUCACCAUCCCACUCGCCUUGUUCUUGGGCAGAUAAAGAGAUAAUAAAGUUCUUUGCUACACAAUUAAGUCUUCAGCUGCCAACGUUUUGGUAGUUGUUCUGCUGCCGUCUUCAGAGCAAUGAUGAUUGGAUCUACUUCCUGCUGCUAGCUAGUUGGCAAUACAGGAAGACGAAAGUCAAAAAUGACUCUUACUGUGGUGAGGGAAUACAAGGUCAGGCAGUUAGUCCGCAAAUAAUGUCAUCAGGUUGGUUGGACAUAGGAUAUUGCAAUUUUCUUUUGCACAACCAGGAAUGUUUCUUACGUGCUUAUGUGAACUUCUCAUCAACCCCAGUGAAGAAUUGAGACAAGGGGAUCCAAAAUUAGCCACCCUUGGCACAAAAGUGCCACCUACAUGUAGUACAUAUACACUGCAUCAGUGAGAAGCAGCACUCCCAUCAGAAGCUCUGAGGAAGAUAUCUGACAGGUAUUGAGACAUAAGCAGAUUAAAGACAUUACUGGCUGUGGAGAAGAAAACUCCAAUAUCCUAGUAAUCCUGCCAUUUGGGACUGUGUUCUUCUCACUGUAGCAUCACCUACAAUACCAGUGGGAAGUAGAUCCAGUCAACCGGAUGUAGUCUGUGAAACAUAAACUCUGCUGCCUGGGCUGUAACUGGCCCCUCCCUGCAGGAGGCCGGCGGAUGUUGGAUGGGCUGCUAUAACUUAGUAUAACAUAAGCGAGAUUUAACCAGGCUAAACAGGAGGAAGCUUUAGGCAGCAGAUACUGGCAGCAGAAACUGGCAACUGAAUUUUUGUUGUGAAUAAAGAAAGAACUUUAUCAUCCAUUGAGAAAAACCACAACAGUAUGUUGUAUAUGACUUAAAGCUACAUACUGCAUUUGUUUGGGAACUUGGCAGACUUAGGUUAGGGUAUGAAACGUCAGGCCCUGGGCAACCUAAGCCAAAGCUAGGUUGUCAAUCACCAUUUCAGGUUGCCCCUGUUGUAAGGCCAAAAUUUCUGCAUGGCUAUAUCAAGACAAAAACUUCAGAUACAGGUAUAAUAGUUUAUGCUCAUGUCAGAAUUAUCUAAUUUUAAGACAAGAAAAGAGGCAAUCUGCAAUAUAAGUUGUGGCAUGCAUGUAGUUGAUCAUUUUCCAGUUGUUGUAUAUUCUUUACAGUAUGGUUGCAAUUUUUUUGAAAAUGUAGGAAAAAUGAUGCACACACUGAUGUCGUAUAAUCAAGUCAGUGUGGCCAGUUUGUCCAAUGGGACUGAGUGUCCGGGUGACGUGAAAAUUUUACAUGUAACCGAUAAAUGUAUUUCUAGCACACAUACAUUGUAUGCCAUGGGUAAAUGUCCGAAAGUAAUUAUAUGUUAUUAUUCACAGAUGUAUAGCUGACUACUCACAACCCCCUACAGCUGGUCUCCUAAUAGAGAACUAGUCUUUGGCUGGUUUGCCAGUUUAAGCUGAAUAUUUUUACAGGAAUGGCAUUAUUGUAUCUAUCACAUAUACGUUUAUAUAUUCAUGAUGAUGAUGGGAGGGUGUCAGCUAUUUUUCUGGUGUUUGAACCGUGUUUCAUUUAGCUUUUACUAGUUUUAGACUAGAGUAGACACUUGUGAUAUUGUAUUUUACACUGUUUGAAUCUUUUAUGUUACCUGCAAUUAGCCCACGGGCAAGAAUUUGCAAUAAAACUUGUUAUCAGCAGUAUGUACAUGUGUACAUGUACACAAUGCUCAAUCUAGUAUUGUUUAUACAGCAGAGCAUAGACAUUAUCAACAAAAAUUUGUAUAAGUAAAUACAACAUGUAGAGGUUCUUAUAUGUUCUAUACCAAUAUUAAUUCCUGUCUUGACUUUAUGACGAUGAGCAUUGAAGUCAUUUUGCCUGCAUAGUUGCAGAUGUAAGCUUUUAUAUAUUGUAGAUGUUAAACAUAUUUUCCAUGGAACAGUUGGAAAAUAUUUUCAACAUCUAUAAUACACGUAGUAAGAAGAUGUACAUAGUGUAGACUUUCAUCGCAUAUUUCAGAGACAGUAUUAUCUGACACUUACGACUCUGUGUCCCGGCAUCUGAUAGUUGUACAAACCCAUUUGACUUCUAACAAAUCUUACAUUAUUAGGUCAGUUAAUUGAACUGAAGUAGUCAGUGAUGGCCAAAACUUUUGCAUCUACAUUUUCAACUUCUUGGUUGGCAUUACCUUGAUUUUGAGAGUCGGAAGCUAUAGUUGCAUAGCCUUAGUACCAUCCUCUGUUGUGACCACAAGCAAAAGUAUUGAGCCAGCAGUCACUAUGGAGGAUGGUGCUCAGGCUAAUACAAAAUGUAGUUGCAAUGUGUAGUUUUGCAACCUAUCACACAUAAGCUUCUGUCCUUUACUUUGAUCAGGGCUCAAUAAUACUUAAGUUUAAAUUCAAUUACCUAAAAAUAUUGCAAGCUGUCAGGAAAUCUAUCUGUUCUGGAAAAUUCUGCAAAUAACACAUUUAUGCUAUAGUGUACUAUAUAUCUGGUAGUCAAAAUCAUACAAGCUUUGUAUCUUACAGUUACAUUAUGUGAAUUUAAACAUGUUUCUUUCAUGCUUGAAA